AUGAUCAAGAAAUGUCUUGGAUUGCAAAGCGAUCUCGACGACGCAGGAAUCGGAUACGAACCGUCGCCGUUUUCCAAACGACUUGCCGUCGACAAAACGACAGAUUACAAGGUCGUCGAGUUUGACAAAACGUACAAAGGCGACAAGAAGGUUCUCAUGAUUUGUACUGAAGAGCGUUACAUGCUAAUGGAGAAUGGAAAGAAGUUUUCCUCAGGAAAUCAUCCGGUUGAAUCAUGCCAGCCCAUCAUGCACUUGGUCAAUGCAGGAUUUGACUUUGAUGUUGCCACUCCAACUGGCAAGCCAGCAUGCAUUGAAAUGUGGGCACUUCCUCAAAAGGACCAGGUUGUGUUGGGCUUCUUCAACAAGACUGCCAAGCCCAAGUUCGACGCUCCUCUCUCGUUGGCCGAUAUAAUGGCAGAUGAAAAGAAGUUGAGCCAGUAUGUCUGUUUCUUUCCACCUGGUGGUCAAGGGGCCAUGCUGGGACUUCCUGAAGACGAAAAUCUGGGCAAAUUGCUAGGGUAUGCCCGAGAGAAGGACCUGUUCAUCAUGUCUGUUUGCCACGGCCCCGCGGCCUUUUUGGCAGCAAAACAAGAGCCAUUUCUCUUUGAUGGAUACAAAAUUGCUUGCUUCCCAGAUUCCAUCGACAAGCAAACUCCAAUGGUUGGGUAUUUGCCAGGCAAACAGACUUGGUACUUUGGCGAAAAGUUGAUUGAACGAGGUGUCACAAUUGUCAACACCGGCGCUGACGCAACUGUAGCCGAAGAUCGCAAGCUCAUCACCGGCGCCAGUCCAAAAGCUUGUCAAGAACUCGGUGUCCGAAUGGCCAAGAAGCUUUUGGAAAAUUUCGCCUAA